UGGAAAGAUUCUUCCCACUUGGAGAGAGGCUUUUCCUUCUUGGACAGCUGCUGGCGGAGCUUCCAGUAGCCAGAGAGAGAGCAGAGAGAGGGGUCCAGCCGCAGCUCCUGAAAUUUACUUUCCAGAGAGGGGGAGGCUUCAAGUAGGCUGCUCUCACAUUUGGUCUGUUCGAUCUUUUUUGGGGGAACUUGAAUUGACUGAUUGAUGCACUGCUGACCCUUUAAGGCUAAACAUGAAGCUAGGGCUGUCUCUGGCCACGGCUGCCUUCCUUGCAGCCCUGCUGUCCUCCAUAGAUGCACAAGUGGAACCACCCUCAAGCUUGAAAUUUAAAAUUCUAAAUGAGAACACAGUUGAAAUGUCAUGGACGAGACCCUCGUCAACGAUAGAGGGCUUCAGAAUACAAGUUGUAUCUGAUGCAGAUGAGCCGUCCAGAGACUUCACCCUUGAUGCAUACACCACUACCACCUCAAUCACUAAUCUGACUCCUGACUUGGACUACUCAGUGUCAAUAAACUCCUAUGUAGGAGGUGACGAGAGCAUCCCUAUCUUUGGACAAUUGACAAUCCAAUCCAGUAACACCAGUGGACCAGUCAGGAGGCCACAGUCAGAUGCAAUCAAGUGUUCGGUCAGUGCGAUCGCGGAUUUGGUUUUUCUGGUGGACGGCUCAUGGAGUGUGGGCAGAGAAAAUUUUAAGCACAUCCGAAGCUUUAUUGCCGCUCUGGCAGGCGCCUUUGACAUUGGCGAGGACAAAACCCGAGUGGCUGUGGUUCAGUACAGCACAGACACCCGCACAGAGUUCCCCCUCACUCGUUACACCAGAAGAGGAGACCUGCUCCAAGCGAUCAACUCAUUGCCAUACAAAGGAGGGAAUACCAUGACAGGUGAUGCCAUAGAUUACCUGCUUAAAAACAUCUUCACGGAGGCAGCUGGAUCCAGGAAAGCUUUUCCAAAGGUCGCCAUGAUCAUUACUGAUGGAAAAUCCCAGGAUCCGGUGGAGGAGUAUGCUAAAAGACUUAGGAACAUUGGAGUGGAAAUAUUUGUCCUAGGUAUCAAAGGAGCAGAUGAGGAUGAGCUCAGGGAAAUAGCCUCCACACCUCACAACAAACAUGUGUACAACGUUCCCAACUUUGACCUGAUCCAAGAGGUACAGAAAAGGAUCAUCACAGAAGUGUGCUCUGGUGUCGAUGAUCAGCUCAGCUCUCUGGUCAGCGGAGAAGAAAUGGUGGAGCCAGCUUCUAACCUGCAGGUCACAGAAAUUGCAUCUAAAUCGAUGAGGGUGACUUGGGAUGCAUCCCUGGGUGAUAUCUCAGGCUACAAGCUCACCCUUGUUCCCAUGUUGCCUGGAAUGAAACGCCAAGAGCUGUACAUAGGAGCCACACAGACGUCUAUCAAUGUCCGUGACCUUUCCCCAGAGACAGAGUAUGAGAUCACCUUGUACGCUCUGAAAGGUCUGACUCCCAGUGAACCCAUCAUGGCAAUGGAGAAGACCCAGCCUGUCAAGGUGUCAACAGUGUGCUCUCUGGGAGUGGACGUCCAGGCUGAUGUGGUCCUACUGGUUGAUGGCUCCUACAGCAUUGGAUUACAAAACUUUGCCAAAGUCCGUGCCUUCUUGGAGGUUCUGGUAAACUCCUUUGACAUUGGAGCCAACAAGGUCCAGAUUAGCUUGGUCCAGUACAGUCGCGAUCCAUACACCGAGUUUGCCCUCAACACCCACCACGACAUUAAUACUGUUGUCAAAGCCGUGCGUACCUUUCCCUACCGUGGCGGUUCCACUAAUACUGGGAAGGCUAUGACCUAUGUCAGGGAGAAGAUCUUUGUCCCAGCUCGUGGAGCAAGACAGAAUGUCCCCCGUGUCAUGGUCCUGAUAACAGACGGAAAGUCUUCAGAUUCUUUUAAGGACGCAGCCACCAAACUGAGGAAUAUUGAUGUGGAGAUCUUUGCUGUUGGUGUGAAGGAUGCAGUGAGGUCAGAGCUGGAAGCCAUUGCUAAUCCACCAGCAGACACUCAUGUCUACGAAGUGGAGGAUUUUGAUGCCUUCCAGAGGAUCUCCAAAGAGCUGACACAGUCCAUCUGUCUGAGGAUUGAACAGGAGCUGCUCAAUAUCAUAAAAAAAAGCCUUCUACCACCCACCGACUUGAGUUUCUCCGAGAUUACAUCCAGAAGCUUCCGUACUACCUGGAUAGCCCCUGCUGCCAACGUUCUGUCUUACCUGGUGCGUUUCCGCAAGGCCGAAGACAUCACCGGAGACUACGUUUCCCUUGCCGUGCCCGGUGAUACCACCACAGCUGUCCUUCCCCAUCUUUAUCCCCUCACCCCCUACGAAGUUAAUGUCUUUGCUCAGUAUGAUAAAGGAGACAGUUUCCCUUUGAGUGGAGAAGAGACCACACUUGAAGAACAAGGCACUGUACGAAAUCUACGAGUCACAGAGGAGACAACAAACAGUUUUAGGGUUUCAUGGGAAGCUGCUCCAGGUCCGGUGAUCAGGUACCGCCUGACCUAUGUCCCAACAAGUGGCACUGGAGAGAUACUGGAGGCCCAGACCAUAGGGACAGAGACUACCAUUGUCCUCGAGGAGCUUUUCCCCAUCACCACCUAUCGUGUGUCUGUGUCUGCUGAGUAUGCAACUGGCGUCGGAGAUGAGAUGCAUGUGGAGGGUACUACCAAAGAAGUCCGAGGCUCUCCUCGCGACCUUCGCGUCUCUGAUGAGACAAUAUCUACAAUGAAACUGGCAUGGAGGGCUGCUCCAGGAAACGUCCUUCAGUAUCGCAUUGCUUUCAAACCUGCCGAGGGAGGUGAGAGGAAGGAGAUAUCUGUCAAAGGAGAUACCACCCAGGCUGUGCUGAAGAACCUCCAACCAGCCACAGAAUAUGAGCUGUUCGUUAGUGCACGGUACUCUUCUGGUGUGGGCGAGCCUCUUCUGGGCACAGGAACAACCUUAGAAGAGCUCGGCUCACCCAGAGACCUGGUGACCAGAGACGUGACAGACACCAGUUUCGGUGUGUCUUGGACAGCGGCCCCCGGUAGGGUGCGUCAGUACCGAAUCAGGUGGAAGUCUCUGUUCACCGAGGAGACUGGAGAGAAGACAAUACCAGGAGACACCACUGCCACAGUUCUGGACGGUCUCACCCCAGAGACACUUUAUCAAGUGUCAGUGUUCGCUGUUUACGGCCAUGGAGAGGGCCAGCCGUUGCUUGGAGAGGAAACCACAAAAAUCUCAGCUGCCGCCAGAAAGAUUGUUGUCUCAGAGGAGACUGAGAAGAGCAUGAAGGUGACAUGGCAACCGGCACCUGGAAAUGUGGUCAACUACCGCGUUACGUACAAACCCCAGUCAGGAGGGCGCCAACUAGCAGCCAAAGCCCCCGGUAGCACCACCUCCACUGUGCUGAGACGCCUUACCCCCCUCACCACCUACGACAUAACCGUUGUGCCGGUCUACCGUUCCGGAGAAGGCAGAGCAAGGCAAGGGGAUGGAACAACACUGUCACCUUACAAAGGUCCUAGGAACCUCCAGACUUCAGAGCCUACCAAGACCAGUUUCCGUGUCACCUGGGACCCUGCUCCCGGUGACGUCAAGGGCUACAAAGUACUUUUCCACCCUGUUGGGGAUGACAUUGACCUGGGAGAACUUCUGGUUGGUCCUUAUGACAACACUGUGGUGCUGGAGGAGCUCAGAGCUGGAACCAAAUACACAGUGAAUGUGUUCGGUAUGUUUGAAGGUGGAGAGAGUGUGCCACUGGCUGGAGAGGAGAACACUACUUACUCCGAUGCACCUGAUCCUCCACCCUUUGAGACACCAAAUGUGAUGUGUAAGACCACUGCACAGGCUGACAUUGUGCUGCUGGUGGAUGGCUCCUGGAGUAUUGGACGUCUUAACUUCAAAACUAUUCGUGCUUUCAUUGCUCGCAUGGUGGGAGUCUUCGACAUUGGCCCCGACCGAGUCCAAAUUGGGCUUGCUCAGUACAGUGGAGACCCAAAGACUGAGUGGCAUUUGGAUGCUCAUAAAACCCGUGACGCUCUCCUGGAAGCUGUUGCUAACCUGCCCUACAAAGGAGGAAACACCUUGACAGGUCUGGCUUUGAACUACAUCCUCCAGAACAAUUUCAAAGAGAACGUUGGGAUGCGACCCAGUUCCCGAAAGAUCGGUGUUCUGAUCACUGACGGCAAAUCCCAGGACGACGUCAUCGCCAACUCUCAGAACUUGCGUGAUCAGGGCAUUGAGCUCUAUGCCAUCGGUGUGAAGAAUGCAGAUGAGAAUGAGUUGAGGUCCAUUGCCUCUGAUCCGGACAGUAUUCACAUGUACAACGUGGCUGAUUUCUCCUUCCUGUUGGACAUUGUGGACGGCCUCACUGACAACCUCUGUAACAGUGUCAAAGGGCCAGGAGGUGCUCCAGAUGCACCAACUGAUCUGGUGACGUCUGAGGUGACUCACAGCACAUUCAGAGCCACCUGGAAAGGUCCCGAAGGCCCGGUGGAGAAGUACCGUGUGGAGUACAUGACUGUGUCAGGACGUCCCCAACAGGUGUUUGUGGAUGGCACCGAGGUCACAGUGGUCCUCCAGGGCCUCGACCCUCUGACCAAAUACCUGGUCAACGUUUACUCCGUGGUGGGAGAGGACAGCAGCGAGCCCCUGAAAGGAACAGAGACCACAUUGCCCCUGAGCACCGUGAAGAGGAUGGACAUUUAUGAAGAGCAGGUCACCACCAUGCGAGUGAGAUGGGAGGCGGUGACGGGAGCUACCGGCUACAUGUUGCUCUACAACGCCAUAAAUGCCACCCAGUCAACCGUCGAACAGGAGAUCAGAGUAGGAGGAGAUAUCACCGAUGUCCAGCUGGUGAAGUUACUCCCCAACACGGCCUACACGCUUUCCCUCUACGCCCUCUAUGGAGAAUCAGCUAGUGAACCGCUCACCAAGCAGGGAGUCACAUUGCCCAUGCCACCUGCGGGUGAGCUGAGGGUUCGCGAUGUUACCCACAGCACCAUGAGGCUCUUGUGGGACGCUGCUCCUGGAGCUGUUCGCAGGUACCUCAUCGUCUACAAGCCUGAGGAGGGAGAGGCUAAAGAACUGGAAGUGGGAGGAUCUGUGACCACCAGACAGCUAGACAACCUGAUAUCGCAGACUGAGUACUCUUUAGCUGUUACUCCAAUCUACGAUGAGGGACCUGGACAGGAAAUGCUGGGAACAGCUAUCACAGAUGUGGUUCCGGCCCCAAAGAACCUGCAGUUCUCAGAAGUGACCCAGACCAGCUUUAGAGCCACCUGGGAACACGGAGCUCCUGAUGUGGCUCUGUACCGGAUUGGCUGGGCUAAGAAGGGAGAGAGCAACUUCCAAUACGCCAUCUUAAACAAUGAUGAGACGUCCCACGUCCUGGAGAACCUGGACCCAGACACGCUUUAUGAUGUGUCUGUCACUGCGAUCUACCCGGAUGAAUCAGAGAGCGAGGAUCUGCUGGGCAGUCAGAGGACAUUGUCCAAGCGUAGUGGGGGUAGUAGACCAUCACCUAAUGGACCUCCCACCAACCUAGUUGUGUUCAAUGAAACCACCACCACUCUAAACGCCAGGUGGACUCCACCUCCAGGCCGCGUCCAGAACUACAAGAUCGUUUACGCCCCCACAUCUGGAGGCAGGAGUCAGACGACCCAAGUUGGUGGAAAGAAGAAUACUGUCCUGCUUCCCAAGCUGACUCCAGACACUCAGUAUUCCAUCGGCGUGGUGGCGGUCUACGCCAGUGGAGUCAGCGAGGAACUGACCGGCCUCGGAAAGACCAAGCCUUUGGGUGGUGUUAGGAAUCUGCGUGUGACCGACCCCACUACCAGCACCCUUAAUGUCCUGUGGGAGGCUGCUGAGGGUAACGUGCGUCAGUACCGCAUCUUCUAUGUCCCUGCGGCCGGAGGAGAAGAAGAGAUGGUGCAGGUGUCAGGCAGCACCUACAACACCGUGCUGAAGAACCUGCAGUCAGACACCGUCUACACCGUGACCGUGGUUCCCGUUUAUUCCACCGGGGAGGGACGACGCAUAUCUGAGAACGGCAAAACACUGGAGCGCAGCCCCGUCAGGAACAUCCAGGUUUUCAACCCCACCACCAACACGCUGAACGUCCGCUGGGAGGCUGCCACAGGCCCAGUCCAGCAGUACCGGGUGGUCUACGCUCCUCUGACAGGCACCAGGCCGUCUGAGUCGGUUGUGGUGCCAGGAACCACUACCACAGCUCUGCUGCAGCAGCUGCUCCCGAACACGGAUUACAAUGUUGGAGUUGUUGCCCUGUACAGCGACGGCGAAGGACCCAGUAUAAGUGAUAACGGAAAGACAUUGCCCCGCAGUGGCCCGAGGAACCUGCGUGUAUAUGACCCCACCACCAGCACCCUGUCUGUUAGCUGGGAACAUGCAGAAGGUCCUGUGAUGCAAUACCGUAUCACCUAUGCCCAGACCACAGGAGACCCCAUUGAGGAAUUUACGACAGUGCCAGGAAACAGAAACAACGUGGUCCUGCAGAACCUGGAUCCGGACACACCUUAUAAUAUCAAAGUCACAGCAAUCUACGCUGAUGGGGCAGGAGGAGAGCUGGAAGGAGACGGACGCACAGUGGGCAUGCUGGGCCCCAGGAACCUCCGCGUUUCUGAUGAGUGGUACACCCGCUUCAGGGUGUCCUGGGACCCCGCCCCCUCCAGGGUUACCGGAUACAAGCUUAUCUACCAGCCAGAGGGCUCUGAUGAAUCCAUGGAGGUGUUUGUUGGAGAUGUUACCUCUCACCAGCUGCAUAACCUGAAACCUGGAACCACGUAUGACCUGAAGGUGCUGGCACAGUAUAGUACAGGCAUCAGCGCACCUCUGAUCGGUCAGGGCACCACGUUGUACCUGAAUGUGACAGACUUGAACACCUACCAGGUUAGCUAUGACUCCUUCUGCAUCCGCUGGGCCCCUCAUAGAGCAGCCACAUCCUACAGGCUCAAAGUCAAUCCUUUCGACACUUCCAUGGGUGGCGCUCAGGAGAUCACUGUCAGAGGCUCAGAGAAUAAUUACUGUUUUGAUGGCUUGACCCCUGACACGCUUUACAACGCCACUGUGUACACCCAAACCCCCAACCUGGAGGGACCUGGAGUCAGCAUCAAGGAGAGGACAUUGGUUAAGCCCACCGAGGAGCCGACCGUGCCUCCCACCCCUCCUCUUCCAGCAACCGUCCCCCCUGCACUGGAUGUAUGCAAAGGUGCCAAAGCAGACCUGGUCUUCCUCAUUGAUGGUUCCUGGAGUAUUGGAGAUGAGAGCUUUCACAAAGUCCUCCAGUUUGCUACAAGCAUGACUGCAGCCUUUGAUGUGAUCAGCCCUAAGGGCAUGCAGGUUUCAUUUGUUCAGUACAGCGAUGACGCCAAGACUGAGUUCAAACUCAACACCUACCAUGACAAAGGCAUUGUGAUAUCAGCUUUGCAGAAUGUCCGCUACAGAGGAGGCAAUACCAAGACAGGUGUUGCUCUGAAGCACGUCUAUGAGAAGGUGUUCACCUCGGACAGCGGCAUGAGGAGGAACGUCCCCAAGGUGCUGGUGGUUGUCACAGACGGACGCGCCCAGGACGACGUCAAGAAGAGCGCAGAAAAACUGCAGCACUCUGGCUACAGUGUGUUCGUGGUUGGAGUGGCUGAUGUGGACAUGAAAGAGCUGCGAAUUAUCGGCAGCAAGCCCAGCGAGAGGCACGUAUUUGUGGUGGACGACUACGACGCUUUUGCCAAAAUCCAAGACAACCUCAUCACCUUCAUCUGCGAAACAGCCACAUCCACUUGCCCUCUGAUCUACAUCAAUGGAUUCACAACACCUGGCUUCAGGAUGCUGGAGGCUUUCAACAUCACAGACCGGACAUUCGCCGGCAUGAACGGCGUGUCCAUGGAGCCUGGCUCCUUCAACAGCUACAUCGCCUACAGACUGCACAAGGAUUCCUUCCUGAACCAGCCCACCAAGGAGAUCCAUCCGGAGGGUCUUCCCCCAUCUUACACCAUCAUUCUGCUCUUCCGCCUUCUUCCCGACACACCCUCCGAACCUUUUGACAUCUGGCAGAUUUCCGACAAAAACAACAACCCAGAGGUCGGAGUCACCGUCAACCCUUCCAACAAAGCGAUCACGUUCUACAACAAGGACACCCGAGGAGAGAUCCAGAGAGCCACGUUCAACGAAGAGCAAGUGAGGAGGGUUUUCCACGGAAGCUUCCACAAGCUCCACAUCAGCGUCUCUCCAGAGAAAGUCAAGCUCAACAUAGACUGCCAAGAGGUGGCAGAGAAGCCCAUCAAGGAGGCCAACAACAUCACACUGGAAGGCUACGAAGUGCUUGGCAAGAUGGUCAAGUCUGGAGGCGCGAGGAGGCAGUCUGCAACAUUCCAGCUCCAGAUGUUCGAUAUUAUUUGCAGCUUGAGCUGGAUCAGCCGAGACAGAUGCUGUGACCUGCCUUCCACAAGAGACGAGGCCAAGUGUCCAUCGCUUCCCCAUUCUUGCACAUGCACACAGGACAGCAUCGGCCCUCAGGGUCCUCCCGGACCUUCGGGCAGCCCAGGUACUAAAGGACCUCGAGGAGAUAGAGGAGAAACCGGCAAUGCUGGUCCAAUGGGUCCACGUGGUGAGCCAGGACUCCCAGGUCCAAUGGGACUGCCAGGUCCACAAGGCCCUAACGGACUUUCUAUCCCUGGAGAACCAGGUCGCCCAGGACCAAAGGGAGAUCGUGGAGACUCUGGCUUGUCUGGCUUGCAAGGUCCUCCUGGGCCACGCGGUCCUCUGGGUCCCGUUGGACCUAGCGGUGCUCGGGGGCCACCAGGAAAGGAGGGACAGUCUGGACCCAGAGGCCCCCCAGGACCCAUGGGAAGCCCUGGAAAUCCAGGUGUACCCGGAAUUACUGGAAAGCCAGGGAAACCAGGAGACACAGGAAACCCAGGACCUGCUGGCCUGAAAGGAGAGAAAGGAGAGAGGGGAGACUUUGCAUCCCAGAACAUGAUGCGCUCCAUUGCCAGACAAGUUUGUGAACAGCUUGUGAACAGCCAGAUGAGCAGAAUUGACAUGAUGCUCAACCAGAUUCCUUCCGGAUAUCGUAGCAACACUCCGGGGCCACCCGGUCCUUCCGGUCCUCCCGGCCCCCCAGGGUCCCGUGGAGAGCCUGGACAACCUGGUCGAACUGGUUUCCCUGGAAACCAAGGUGUACCUGGAAAUCAAGGAGAGAGAGGUUUACCAGGAGAGAAGGGAGAGAGAGGAUCUCCAGGAACUGGUAUCAGAGGACAAAGAGGCUCAAAUGGGCCACCAGGGCCACCGGGAGAGUCGAGAACGGGACCCCCAGGUCCUUCUGGCUCCGCUGGGCCUCGUGGCCCUCCAGGCCGCCAGGGUACACCAGGGGUGAGAGGACCACCAGGACCCCCUGGAUACUGCGACUCCUCUCAGUGUGUCGGCAUUCCUUACAAUGGACAAGGAUACACAGGUUUGGCAUAGUAAACGCUCUAAGUCAUCUGUGCCGCUUACACUUUGAGGUCCUGUUUCUGAGAUGUUUGCCCAUUUGCUAUGGGGCAUGUAAGGAUAAUCACCAUGGACAUAAUUAUUGAACGUUAGAACAAACAUUACAAAAGCUGAAAAAAAAAAGAAAAGAAAAAGAGAACGGAGCGGACUGGCACUAACAUCAUCUCACAGCUACAAGCUACAGUGAUGGCAACCUGCUGGCCUGUUUGCAUCUUGAACCACAAACCGUUGGGAAAUAGUAAGCAGAGACUGAGCAUUUCUACGAAGGAAGGAGCAUGUACAAAAAAAACACCCAAAAAAACAACUACUAACAAAGAGGAUUUCAUAACUGAAAGCAACGAUAAUGUCGAGACGACGUGUGUAAAUAAAACUAAUUGUUUUGCCGUGUAAAUGAUUGUAUGAACCGGGACAUUUCACUAAAAAUCAUGUUAACAUCUGUAUUGAGCUUGUGCCUCAUAACCCUCUGCUUACUUACCACCAGCAUAACCUCUGUUUACGACGCCUAAGUGACCUAAAAAGCUCUGGUCCAGACUGAAGCGCAUGUUUCAUUUGUACUUUUAAUCAUCAUAUUUAUGUAAAUCGGUCACAUCAGUCCUGAACAUUGUUCUCUUGCUAUUCCCAUGUGUGUUUUGUAGUAUCAGCUGGUUAUUUUACUACAUCUUAUUAUCUUAUAUCUUGAUGGGCUUUAUUGUAAAUGUCAUUGCAGCAUUUGAAAAUGCUUUUUAUCUAGACUUUUCUGGUACUUUAGGGAGCAAUAAUUUGACACAGGGCCUUUUUUUGUUUUUGAAAGUCCAUAAGUGCAAUAUAAUUUAAAUUGUGCAUGUGAAAGCCCGUUUUUUUUUUUUUUUUUGUCUAUUAUCAUUAUUAUUAUUUUCUUGAUUGGCCGUCCCCAAUAUUUUUCUAGCCAGCCAAUACCCGCCUGAACCUGAGGUAGUGCCUGUGGAGCCAGCUGAAGACUUUACAGUCACAUUACAGUCAACCGGUUACGCGCGAAACCAACGGGGAAAGAGAUCACUACCACAGGAAAAAACAGAAAGAUCAUAGCUGCAUAGCUGUCAGAAAGUGUACUUCAGUGACCACGAGCGAUAUUGAGAACAGAAAGUAGUACUUAUAUGGGUUUGAUACCCCUGGCUAUAUUGAACAUAUAUAUUUUUUUGACAUGAGAAAUUUAAGCAAGAUGAAUACAAAAAGCUACAUGUUACAAACCUGUGUGCUUGCUAAGCGUUUCCUUUAAGUGUCUGCUUGUAAUAUAACUGCAAGUUUUUAUCAGACUCCAAUGUGUAAUGCACUAAUCAUGUGAAAAACCUCCCGGAAGUAUGUUCCAAAGAACUACGUUUUUGAACACUUUUGUCAAAUUUCUAUAAAGAUGUUUCAGAUAGUCGAUUGGUUUAAAAAAAAAAAAAAAGAAAAGUGGACAUUUCAUUUUAUCCCCCCAAAUGUUUUUUCUUUUUUUUUUGCCUUUUUUUUUUUUUUAUGAUUUGUGCUUUGUAUGGCCUGUAAACCCACGGAUAAUCUGACUUAUUUUAACAAACCAAAUUUCUUUUUAUUUUGUUGUUACCAAAGGUGGAAUUGCAUGAUUGUGUUGUAUAUUUACUGAGGAUUUCUAAGUCAGAAUAUAGUUGUUUUCUAUCAAUGCAGUUUAGAUUUGGUUGCAAGACUAUGGACAUAGGAUUGCUUUUCUCAUGUUUUAACUGCACAUUUUGUGAAUUCCACACAGCCUUAUUUUCUUAUUUAUUUCUGAAACAGAAGAGGCAUUUUUCAAUAAAACUACUGAAAAUGUA